AUGCGGCUAAUCAAUACGCAAACCCUAGAACUCCAUGAGUUCUUCAACGAAAACACGCCGCCUUAUGCGAUCCUGUCUCAUGCUUGGGGUGACCAAGAAGUUACCUGUCAAGACUGGCAGAACCGUCAGCAAGCCAUUCAGAAACACGGAUAUUCGAAGAUUGUAAAAGCAUGCAAUAAAGCUUCAAAUUACAAGUUAGAGUGGCUAUGGGUCGAUACAAAUUGCAUCGAUAAGAGCAGCUCAGCAGAGUUGUCAGAAGCGAUAAACUCGAUGUUUGCAUACUAUCAGAAGUCAGAAGUCUGCUUUGCCUACCUUGUUGAUGUUCCUACCGCGAAUCAACCCGAGGACGUACUAAAUUCUCAAAUCGAGAGAAGUCGUUGGUUUAGUCGAGGCUGGACACUACAAGAGCUCAUAGCACCAAAACAUCUGAUCUUUUAUGCUGCGGAUUGGUCCGAAAUUGGCAAAAACGAUGGAUCCCUGACCACUUUGAUUACAUCAAUUACUCAGAUUCGUGGCGCCUAUCUCACGGGUCAAUCAAGUAUACACAAGGCUUCUGUUGCCGAAAGAAUGUCUUGGCUGUCAAGACGAACGACUACACGGACUGAAGAUAUGGCAUACUGCAUGCUUGGUAUAUUUAGUAUCAACAUGCCAUUGCUGUAUGGGGAAGGGAAAAGAGCAUUUUUCCGGCUUCAGGAAGAGAUCAUGAAGACCAGCAAUGAUCACACCAUUUUCUGCUGGGAGUGGAACGCGGAUGUCCCGAAGGACUGGGGCAGUCUUCUUGCGCCAUGGCCAACGACUUUUGAGGCCGCUGGGGAUUUCUGUCCAGCCAUCAGUCACGAAAUCUCCAUCUAUUCCAUGACCAAUGCUGGGCUCUCAAUUCGGCUGCCCACCAUGACCACACCAACAAGCACCCACUGGAUUUCCAAUUGGGUCGUCGUGCUGCAAGCUACUUCGAGACGCUUAGUCGCCGAACCGCAUGAGUAUCUACAAGGAGCAUGUAUAAGGGUUGCGGGACGCAGGAUAGGAGACUUGCUCCACGUCUCGCGAAUCCCAUCCCUCCCUCGACCCAUGACUAUAUCAGAAGCUCAUGCGGGGCUAUUUUCAAUCGAAGCCCUUGUUGUGACAGGGGACUUUUGUUUCGGUGGCGAAGAACUCCUGGAUAAUGAAACCAUCCCUGACUUUGAUGAUGAACGAACACUACACUUCCUGCCCGUUUUCAGCGGGAAGUCUAUCAGGAACAGCCUGCUGCCAAAAUGGCACUUUCAGCACUUGUAUGGAGCAGAUAUGAGUUUGGACUCAGCAGUAGGCACAAUUACACUGAAUGUUCAGGAGGGAGUUAUUGGAGUUGGUACAAUCAUGAUGACUUAUUAUAAAGGAUCAAAAUCGAUAUCAUCCAACCUCCUACUCGGUGCCCGCGUGGAAAAUGCCGCCUGCGAUGUUUCCGUAGAAUUUGGUGGACUACCUAGCAAGGUGACUCUUGACAUCUUCCACGACAUUCAGUCGCCAUCGAAAGAGAGACUGCGUCACGGGGGCAGUCGAUCUGCAAUGGACGCUCGGGACAUGGAUGACCGCUAG